UUAGCACGAAAAAUUCAUUGUUUACGGAAGUGAAAGCAAAAACUCAACUCAAACUUGUCGGGAGAUUUUAGUAUAUCAUUGAGCUUAGAACAAGUGCAUCAUGUCGGAAAAUAUGCGGACAGUGGCUCUAGAUGAUGAGCCCUGGGAUGAGGAACCACCUCCCUAUUCCUCAACCACAGUUACAGACCCAGAAGCCGAGAGGAAGACGGGAUUUAACAAAGCUUAUCUGUUCUCUGUUGAAGGUGCCUUGAAAUUGAUUGAAAUUGUACUCAGUUUAAUUGGUUUUGUGGCAGUAUUGGCUGGUGGCUGGACAGGUUCUGGAUUUGUGGCAUGGACAACGAUCUCAGCUUUUAUCACGACAACCAUCCUAUUUAUCCUUGUUGCAAUGAAUAUAUAUUCAAGAUUGCCGGGAUUUUGGCCUCUAUAUGAAUUGAUAUACUUGCUGCUCUAUACAUUGAAGUAUUUUAUCAGUUCUAUAAUCGGAGCUGUAGGAGCAGCCAGGUUACCAAGUAUUGUUGCAGCAUGUGUGAUAUGUGUGGUAGCCUUCGCCAUAUAUCUGUUAGAUGCUAUAAUGGCGUACAAGCGACUGAAAGCAGCAAGAGAAGAGCAGGAGAGAAAACGUGCUGCGGGGGAGGGCGUGGCCAACAGGCGAUCUGAAACCCAUUUCUGUAUUAUUUUCUAAUGCCACAGUUACUUAUUUAUUACGCACGUCAAAGGAUUUAGAUCGGAAAAAAAAAACUUAUUUAAUCUGACAGUGCUGAGUUACCUUUGUAAAAUAAUUUACUCACAAAGUUGGGCAUAUUUUUUGUUAUUUGAGAAUGCAGAUGUUUUGAUUGUGAAAGCAACAGUUUGAAUUUGUUGCAAAGUAAUGCAUACAUUUUAUUAUGAAGUUCAUCAUUUUGAUGUACUGAACUUACUUUUAAUUGGUUGUAUUUUCAGUCUGAGGACUUGUUUGCCAUAUACAUUCCAUUAAAAAAAUUUAUGUUCACAUUUGAAAAUUUCCCAUGGAAUGGGAAGUCAUAAACAUGUUUUAAAAACUCCUCAACUUCCAUAUAACACUUUUUUUUCAGACUGCGUACAGCAAAUUACAAGGAACUGAAAAAGCAGUAGUUUUUUCUUACACAUGUAAAAUGAUGUAUUUACACUGAACUUGCCUAUUUAUACUAAGAGAGUAUACAAUAUUUGUUUUCAUGUCAGCAGCUUAUCUGCAUACUUACAGAGGAACUCUUCUAUAAUAGACCCUCCAAAAAAAGGAAACUUUUCCAAACUGAACAAACAACUUUGUUGGUGCAGGGGUUUGGGGUGGGGGGGGGGAGGGUUUAGGGCGGAGAGUUAGUGAGGGUAUCAAGUUCCUUCUACUGAAAAUACAAAUGUAACCUGUCUAAACAGGAACAAGCCGAGGUUUCCUUUUGGUUAUGAAGCUGUCCGGUUUAGACAGGUUCCUGUGUACCUUGAAUUAUAGUGUGUAAAGGUAAGUUUUGGAAAUGUUUUGGUAUCUUCCUCUUAAGAAUGAUAUUAACGAUUGUAUAUACAUGUACAUAUUGUUAUAUUUAUAGUUUAAGAUGCAUGUAUUAGUCCCUGUAAAGGUUGUAAAGUUAUUUUUUGAAUGCUUAAGCUAAACUGAGGUAUAGAAAUAGUUAGUCUGAAUUAUUUAGUGAAAGAUAUUUUGCUUAGAUUCUGCUACAAUGUAGCUUGCCAAAUGUAAUUUUUAUUAUUGAUUUGCAUGCAUUAAUGUUUGUUCCAUUUUGAACACGCACAAGACCUGGUUUUAAGGUAGACUUCUGUAACAUAAAGUCAGCCAAAGUUAUAUUUGAUGAACCACUGAGAAUAUAUGCAUACUUUAUUACAUACUUUUCGGAGAAUUGUUGGAAUAUUAAAGAGUUGAAUGUAUGUAUAAGUCUAAAAAUGUGACACAAGGAUUUUUUUUGUAUGCAGUAGAUUGUAGGUUGUGUUUUAACUAUUUAAGUCAUGGAAGUAAGAGAAGCAGAAAUUUUAUCAAAUACAACUCUGCUAAAUAAGCUGUUACGUGUCAUGAUCUUUUAUCAUGAACAAUUCAUUCGUCUGAAUCAUACAAUCAUACAAGUCAAAAAUGAUAAAUAACAUUUCUGUAUUACACAGAAGGAAUUUAAAUUUUGAUGUACAGCUUUUAACUUUUAUUCUAUAAUUAUUUUUCUCUUCAACUCAGAGAUUCACAAUUAUAUCACUUGACAGUACAGAACGAUUACAUAUUGGAUACAGUUUAUUCUGUAUUGGAGGAUACAACAACUUCGGUCAAAUUCCAGUGUUAACUAUGGUAAACAAUAAAGGGCAUUGACAAUUUAAGUGAAAGUAUCUUCAUGAAAUCCAACAUCAUUAAAAGCUACAUUCCAUGUUUCUGAUUUUUGACUUUUUAGAUGGAAUCUUGCGCAAUUCCAUAUUGGAUGAUACAACAACUUUGGUUUGAAGCCUCAUAUUUACUAAACAAUAAAACGAAAGGUGGUUGAUUGAAAAAGUUUCUACAUGAAAUUCUGCCCCUAUAACAAUGUGACGUUUCUGUAUAUGAGCCGCGCCAUGGGAAAACCAACAUAGUGGCUUUGCGACCAGCAUGGAUCCAGACCAGCCUGUGCAUCCGCGCAGUCUUGUCAGGAUCCAUGCUGUUCGCUAACAGUUUCUCCAAUUCCAAUAGGCUUUAAAAGUGAACAGCAUGGAGCCUGACCAGACUGCGCAGAUGCGCAGUCUGGUCUGGAUCCAUGCUGGUCGCAAACCCACUAUGUUGGUUUUCCCAUGGCACGGCUCAAUAGUUUAUAGAUAGAAUCUUGCCAUCUUUACCAAGGAAAAUAUAAGCAUAGAUAUUUUCCAGUACAAUAUUGGAUAUGGUUUUACUCGUACCAAUCCAAAAAACACUGGGCUUGCCUAUCGGCUUCUCCAGUAUGUUUUUCCAAAUGGGUACUUAUCUAGGUAUAUUGUCUAAUUGUACAGAACAGUGUUAAAUAACCGAUUAGUAUUUAAGUUGUCUUCCCUUUAAUGGCCAUGUAUACCUCAUAUUCCAAUAAUUGGACUCCAUUCACUACUCCAAACAUUCUGCAUAUAUAUAUAAAAAUAAUAGGAUAAAAACGAACAGUGUUCUGGAAUGUUUGGAACGUAUGCUAAGUGUUCCUAAUAAAAUCUGUCCUGAAAGAGCAAUCAUUAAUAGAUGACUGCAAAAACAGAAACUCGAGUCUUGCUACCUGUUCACGAAGGAUGAUGUCAGAUUAGGGACGGGAACCAGACCAAACAGUGUACUAUUUUAUUCCAUUGAGAACAGUUUAGAAGAUUAAUCUAAAAUAUCAGAAUAUUGUUUAGAAUAGUCAGUGGAAUAUGCAAAAUAGAGUUUAUUGUAUUUUAAUCUUGCAGAGAUCUGCAUCAGAUCUCUUUCACUGCAUUGUAUGAAGGGGGCCAUCUUACUAGCUUCAUAACCAGGGGAACUGCUUCCGGCUAUCUGGUAUUUUCUUUUUAUUGUCUGUAUGUUUUCUUAAGUCAUAUUGUCAAAGGGAAUGGUUUGUCUUUUAUUAGUUUUUCUUGUGUUAUAUAUGUCAGAUACAUGUAAUACUAUUUAUAUAAAUUGUAGUUAUACAUGCCAGAACAAAAAAUUAUGUUAGAAAUCUUUUAUUUGAUCAUAAUUAGUUUAUACUAAAUUAUUUAUUCUCGAUUGCUAAACAAGUUCUUACAACUUAUAUUAAUGGCUUUCGAGACUCAUUCCAGACGGAACCAACCUCUAAGAGCAGAGAGAGAGAGGCAAUGUGGAAUUAAAGUGUCUUGCCUAAGGACACUACCACCAAGGCAGUGGUCGGGAUCGAACCCGGGACCCUUCGAUCUCAAGGCGGACACGCGGAUGAUAAUUAAAGCGGUUUUAAAGAGAAAUGUUCACAUAAAAAUAUUUUCACUAUUUUCACUUAAAGUCUGACCUAUUUUAUAAAUGGGUAGUGAAAAAUAUUUGAAAUACAGUUAAAGUGGGAAAUAAGUUUCAAAACUUUGAAAAAUGUAAAGGUAAGGAAAUGUAUAAACGCAAGAAAUUUCACAUCAACUCGAGAAACUUUCGGUGACAUUAUUUUAGCUAUAUCUAUCUUCUGUUACUGGUAAUGGAUUUGUCAUCAUGUUAUAACUGUGUAAAAAUUCUAUUACUAAUUUCAGUGUCGAUAUAUAUUAAUAAUUCCUAGGACAAUUUUACGACAUAAAAACAUUUUUUGCGCCAUACUUAUACAAUUUAAUUUAAAGAUCUGUUAAAGCCACUCACUGGCUGUUUAUAUUUUACAUUUUUUAUACAUCAUUUUGUUGCAAUAUAAAAUUAUAUAUAUUAUUUAAUAGAUAGAAUUUUGUAUGCUUUUUAGUUUGCUAUGAAGUUAUUUGUAUAUGAUUUGUAAAUAUGCUUGUUUUAUAUUUUAUGUUUUGAUUUCAUAUUUUUUUUUUUUCAAAAUUUGAGAACAGUAUAUGGACAUGUUUAAUUUUCAUGUAAGCCAUACAUUUUUCCAAUAAAAUGACUUAACAUUUUAGUUUUCAUGAUAAUUUAUUUUUGGAAAAUUAUCAAAAAAAGCAAAAAUUAGCUAAAUUAAUCCAUUGGUAAUAUUCCUGACUUUACAGCAGAUUCAUAAUUUAUCCAGGAUAUGAAAUACAUGGUACUUGCAUUGAUUAUGAAGUGUUUAUGCUCUUGUCAGAAUUAUUGAUGAAUGUUUAACCAAAGUAAUUAUUUUACCAACUGACUGUUCGUAACAUAUUUCCUUUAUACUUGCAUUGCUUGACAGAUCUGAAAAAAGAAUUUUAUUUACCUUUAGCCAGCUGGCAGCAAGUGAUUGUGCCUUUGCAACCAGUGCAGACCAAGAUCAGCCUGCACUGUUUGCUAUUCAGUCAGAAAUUUUUUACUGAACACCCCUUUGAAUAAUAAGUGGUACUGCCAAAACUGAAUGAUGGACCAGUCCAUUUUAGAAACUUAACAGGCAAAGGGUAAAGCAAGAUGAUCUGUUAUAAAAGUUAUCAGUUUACAUGUAAUUACAUAUUCUUGUGAUGUUUCAGCUUUUUUCGCCAGCUUCUGUAACAGAAGAGUAUACAGGGUGUAAUUUAUAAUCAAAUGGAAAUUGUAGCUUGCCUUUAUGACGAGUCAGUGAAUGACAAAAUUUAUCAGAAGAUUUUAUUUCAAAGACUGAUUAAUACUCAUCAGAAUUAGUGCUAGAAUUAUAAUCAAAUGAAAAUUAUCUGUAAAAUAUGACAAAGCUGGAAAGGAAUCCUUUAUCACUUAAUGCAGAUUUUGAAUUCCAUAUGCCAAGAUAGUAUCUGGAUAAUAACUGUUGCAAUUCUAAUAAGUGAAUGCUGUAAGAUUUCAAAAAAAAAAUGGUAAAAUAUGACAGUAAUUUGAACUUGAUUUACAUUAAAAAUGAACAUGCCUCUAGACAUACAUCACAAGAUCAGUUUUCUAAAACAGCAGUGUCUUUAACCCUUAGCCUGCUGCAGGCGAAUUUAACAGCCUUUGCAAACAGCUUGGACCCAGAUCAGACGCCGAUUAAAUCGGCGUCUGAUCAGGUUCCAAGCUGUUUGCUACUCUGACAAUAUUUUUUCCAAUUUUGGAGCAAAUUGAAUGAACUUUACCAUUUUAGCAGACGACAUUUCCAGCAGACGACAAUUUAUUUAGCAUGCUAAAGGUUAAAACAGCAAAAGCCAAAACAAAUCAAUGAUAUUCAAAUUGAUUUUGAUGAGAUUUAUAAGUAACUUUUCGCUACUGUUAACUCGGUCUAUUUUACAUAAGAUUUUGCAGCAUGAUUUAUAACUUAGCUUUUCUACAUAGUUUAAUAAUAUAGAAUACACAAGUGUUUUUUGUACCCCCCGACAACAAAGUUGUAAGGGGGGGUAUACUGGUUUCAGGUUGUCUGUCUGUCUGUCUGUCUGUCUGUCCCUCUGUCCGUAGACGCAAUCUUGUGCGCACCAUCUCUCCUUAUCCCCUUGACAGAAUUUAAUGAAACUUCACACAAGUGAUCAGUACCAACAGUAGUUGUGCAUGGGGCAUGUUAGGUUCUUUUAGAAAAAAAAAUUGCAGAGUUAUGGGACUUUGUUUUUUGUUACUAUACUACCGGUAUAUACAUAGACACAAUCUUGUGCGCACCAUCUCUCCUUAUCCCCUUGACACAAUUUAAUGAAACUUCACACAAGUGUUCAGUACCAACAGUAGUUGUGCAUGGGGCAUGUUAGGUUCUUUUAGAAAAAAAAAAUUGCAGAGUUAUGGGACUUUGUUUUUUUUGUUACUAUACUAUAUACAUAGACACAAUCUUGUGCGCACCAUCUCUCCUCAUCCCCUUGACACAAUUUAAUGAAACUUCACACAAGUGAUCAGUAACAACAGUAGUUGUGCAUAGGGCAUGUUAGGUUCUUUCAGGAAAAAAAUUUGCAGAGUUAUGGGACUUUGUUUUUUUGUUACUAUACUAUAUACAUAGACACAAUCUUGUGCGCACCAUCUCUCCUCAUCCCCUUGACACAAUUUAAUGAAACUUCACACAAGUGAUCAGUAACAACAGUAGUUGUGCAUGGGGCAUGUUAGGUUCUUUCAGAAAAAAAAUUUGCAGAGUUAUGGGACUUUGUUUUUUUGUUACUAUACUAUAUACAUAGACACAAUCUUGUGCGCACCAUCUCUCCUCAUCCUCUUGACACAAUUUAAUGAAACUUCACACAAGUGAUCAGUAACAACAGUAGUUGUGCAUGGGGCAUGUUAGGUUCUUUCAGCGACAAAAAUUGCAGAGUUAUGGGACUUUGUUUCUUGUUAACAUACUAUGUACAUACAGUCUGCAUAUGCAAUCUUGUGCGUGCCUAAUCUACCAAACCCUUGCACACAAUUUAAUGAAACAUCACACAAGUGAUGAGUACCAACCCUAGUUGUGCAUGGUGCAUGUUACAUUCUUUUAGAUAAAUAUUCUGCAUAGUUAUGGGACUUUGUUUUUUGUUACUAUACUGUAUACAUACAGUCUAUAUACAUACAGUCCACAUACUUAUGCAAUCUUGUGUGCGUCAAAUUGCAAUGUACUAUGUUAGUGCAUGCGGGUGGUACAUUUAUCACCUUUAGUGAUAGCUCUAGUUUUUUAUGAAAUACUACAUGCUAGAACUUAAUGUAUCACUUUUGGAUUAAUAUGGAAGUAUUUAAUCAAUUUUGUAAAAUUUUGAAAAAAAAUAUUGGGAGGUGUUUCUUUGUGAAUGUUGACCAGCUUUGAUCUGAAAUACUUUUUUCAUGAACAAGUCAUGUUUUAUUACUUUAAAUUUCCAGCACUGGUAAAAAUACCGGAAAACCCCGUCUGGUAUGCAAGAAUACUUUAAAUAUCAUUUCAUUUGUACUGGUUUGUAUAUUUUCUCUGAAAACUAUCAUAUACUUUGUUAAACUUGUGUAUAGUUUCUUUCUUUUGGUGCAAUGCAUAUAUUUAGAACCCAAAGUUUCAUGGUGCAUCAUAAAUGUUAAGCCAUGCACUGCGAAAAAUAUGUGCAUAUACGGGAGUAUACGGUCCCGUAUAUGUCUAAUAUACGAAUAUCAUAUAAAAGGUAUCUUUCCUGAAAGUAUGAUCAAAACUUACGCCUUAAACAUACUUUUGGACCUUGGCAAUCCCUAACUUUGAAAACUGACAUAAACUGUUGAAACGUAUUUAUGCUAAGUAUGAAUGAACGGAUCAAUGUGAGAAAAACAUGAAUGUCCAAUUAAAGAAUACGGGAUUCCCGUAUAUGUAAUGUUCCAUAUACGGGAAAAAUGUUUCCGUAUACGCCCGUAUAUUAGGAGUAUACGGAAUGCAUACACUCCCGUAUACGGAACCAUUUUCCGCAGUGAUGGUUAUUGGUACAAUGCAUAUGCUUAGCAUCCCAUGAUUCUUUGUUCAGUACAAAAUGUUUCAUACUCCAAAAUUCUUGUUGCAUCAUACAUGUUUAGCACUUCAUGUUUUUGUGAUCACUCAAUGUCUGGCGUCCGGCGUCUGUCAACAUUUAGCUUGUGUAUGCGAUAGAGGCUGUAUUUUUCAAUUGAUCUUCAUGAACUUUGGUCAGAAUGAUUACCUUGAUAAAAUCUACGCCAGGUUCGAAAAUGGGUCAUCUGGGGUCAGAAACUAGGUCACUAGGUCAAAUCAAAGAAAAACUUUGUGUAUGCGAUAGAGGCUGUAUUUUUCAACUGAUCUUCAUGAAAUUUAGUCAGAAUGAUUACCUUGAUGAAUUCUAGGCCAAGAUCUAAAAUGGGUCAUCUGGGGUCAAAAACUAGGUUACUAGUUCAAAUCAAAGAAAAACCUUGUGUAUGCGAUAGAGGCUGUAUUUUUCAAUUGAUCUUCAUGAAUUUUGGUCAGAAUGAUUGCCUUGAUAAAAUCUAGGUCAGGUUCGAAUAUGGGUCAUCUGGGGUCAAAAACUAGGUCACUAGGUCAAAUCAAAGAAAAACCUUGUGUAUGCAAUAGGGGCUGCAUUUUACAUCGGAUCUUCAUGAAAUUUGAUCAGAAUGUUUGUCUUGAUGAAAUCUAGGUCGAGUUUGAAUAUGUGUCAUCUAGGGGUUAAAAACUAGGUCACCCAGUCAAAUAAAAGAAAAACCUUGUGUAUGCGAUGGAGACGGUAUUUUUCAGUUGAUCUUCAUGAAAUUUGGUCAGAAUGAUAGCCUUGAUGAAAUUAUGGUCAGGUUUGAAUAUGGCUCAUCUGGGGUCAAAAACUAGGUCACUAGGACAAAUCAAAGAAAAACGUUUUGUAUGCGAUAGAGGCUGUAUUAUUCGAUUGAGGUUCAUGAAAUUUGGUCAGAAUUUUUGCCUUGAUCAAAUUUAGGUCAAGUUUGAAUGUAGGUCAUCUUGGCUCAAAAGCUAGGUCACUUUGAAGAAAAUACUUGUUUACACUUAAGAGACCACAUUUUUGGUCCAAUCUUAAUGAAAAUUGGUCAGAAUAUUUGUUUCCAUGAAAUCACUAGGUCAAACAUGUUUACACUGUUAUGGUGUGUUUUCAGGUGAGCGACCUAGGGCCAUCUUGGCCCUCUUGUUUGGUGCAAUGUAUAUAUUUUAGAACCCAGUUUCCUGGUGCAACACACUUGUUUUGCACCCUAUGUUUAUUAGAGCAAUGUAUAUAAUACUUAGAACUCAGUUUCUUGGUGCACCACACAUGUUUAGCACCAAAUGUUUCUUUGUAGUGUUUAUGUUAACCAUCCCAUGUUUCUUGGUAUGUCACACUUGUACAGCACCAAAUGUUUCUUAGAACAAUUUAUAUGUUUACCUCCCAAUGUUUCUUGGUGUACCACACAUUUUUAGCAUCCCUUGCCCCUGAACUGCAUAUUUAGAACCCAUUGUUUCUUGGUGAAUUCUGUGUCUUUUAGUCAACUGUAUAUUUAGAACCCCUUGUUUCUUUGUGAACCCUAUGUUUCUCAGUCAACUGCAUGUCUAGAACCCUUUGUAUCUUGGUGCAAUACAUGUUUCUUAGUCAACUGCUGUUAAGUACCAUUUACUUCUUGGGUCUUGGUGCUCCAUAAAUUUAAGCACAUUUUAUUCCUUUUCUAUUCUUGUGAUAGUUGUUUCAGGCAAAGUAUACAUAUGUCAGUGUAUUGAUGUUUGUUAAGAAGUAUUUAAAUAUAUAUUGUGUAAUUGGUGCAAAUCAGACUAUAGGCCAGAUUAUAAUAAAACAAUAGUUUCAGUUAUA